AUGUUCUCCUUUUCUUCAUUCUUUCCUAUACUAACUGUCACAGCCAUUUUUUUCAUACUCCCUAUCAUAUCUCAUGCUCAGCUAAGCACCACAUUUUACUCCAACACCUGCCCCAAUGUGUUGAAUAUUGUUUCUAAUCAAAUCAGUCAAGCUUUAGCUAACGAUCCACGAAUCGGUGCUAGCCUCACUCGCCUCCAUUUCCAUGACUGCUUCGUUCAGGGAUGUGAUGGAUCGGUGUUGUUGGACGAUAACAUAACGAAUUCCAUACAGAGCGAGAAAAGCGCGGGCCCAAAUGUGAACUCGGCUCGUGGAUUUGACGUCGUGGAUAACAUAAAGUCCGCCCUGGAGCAGUCGUGCCCUGGGGUUGUGUCGUGUGCCGACAUUCUUGCCCUUGCUUCUCAAGCUGCCGUAUCUCUAGCGGGAGGCCCGUCGUGGGCCGUGCCAUGCGGCAGGAAAGACAGCAGAACGGCAAACAGGGCAUUAGCGAACGUGGCUAUCCCAUCUCCGUUCGAAAUCAUACCUAAUAUUACAAAUAAAUUCGUUGCCGUUGGUCUCAACGUUAACGACCUUGUCGCAUUAGCAGGGGCCCACACGUUCGGGCGGGCGCGGUGCUCGGUUUUCAUGUCUCGGCUGUACAAUUUCAGCGGGACGGGACAGCCGGACCCGACGCUGAACCCGUCCUAUCUGGAGAGGCUAAGGCGGGUGUGCCCGCAAAACGGGGCGAACUUGACUUUGGUGGUGACGAACCUGGACCAGUCGACCCCGAACACAUUCGACAAUGGGUAUUAUAAGAACCUGGUGACGGGUCGGGGGCUGCUGCAGUCGGAUCAAGAGCUGUUCUCAAAUUCGGGCCCGGAGAUAAGAAGGACUGUGCAGCAGUUUAGCAGCAACCAAAAUGCAUUUUUAAAGAACUUCGUGGCGUCGAUGGUGAGGAUGGGGAAUCUUGGGUCGGGGCAGCAGAGUGGGGGGGAAAUCAGGGCAAAUUGCAGGAUGAUUAAUUGA